UGACUGGUCCCUCAUAAUGGCGACUUACAUACUGGAUUUUGGGCUGUAAUAAACAUGCACAUAAUAUAUCUCUCCUCUCCGAAUACUCUACGCCUAUUAUAGCGCAUACAUGGCAUCAAAUAACAACGCACAUUUUCAAAGGCCAGCAGUUGUCCAGCGUGGCCCGAGGCCUCCAGGGAUGAUGCCUUUCAACCCUCCUCCUGGCAUGGCUAACCCAGUGAUGGCUGGCCGGACCCUACCCCCACCCCAAUUCCAGCAGGCCCAGGCCGCUGCUCAGUUAAGACCCUUCCCAAACCAUCCUUUCAUGUCACAAAGGCCGCAGCUCGGCCAUCAGAUGCUUGGUCAAGGAGCCCAGAAUCCAGUCAGUAUAGGCUUUCCUGUUGUGCCCCAAAUGGGAAUAAUGCCACCCCGGGCCCCCUUCAUCAACCCAAACAUGAUCCCCUGGGGGUCGGGCUCCCCAUCUCAGUCAAUCAGGGUCCCUGGACCUUACCCCAAUGUUCCCCCAGCAGUACCCAACAUGAACCAUGGACAGGGCUCUGUUCCUCGUCAGAUGCCGCAACAAACUGUAGGAUCGCAGAUGCAAGGUCACAGCACGAACCAGGGCAUGACCCAGGCUCUGAAUCAACUCGUUAAGAGUGCAGGAAGCCACCAACGAUGGAGUUUAUCCAAGAACGAACGAAGAGCUGACAGUAGCAGCACUGCCAUCUCCUCCUCGGACAACGACGGUAGUUCAUGCACCAGCAGCCAUGUGUCCGAUUCGGACCGAGAGAGAUCAAAGUCAUCCCGUCAUAGGGAUCGAGAUCAUGACAGACAUAGACGGGACAGGGUAGAUAACCCUCCUCUGAGCCGUGACAUGGAGAGGAGUAGAUUUACACACCUGAGAUCUUUAAGUAGAGAGAGCUCACGCAGCCGAGACAGCACCCAUGGCAGAGACAGCAGAGAGAGCAGCCGCAGCAGAGACACCAGGGAUAGGAGGAGAAACGAGAGUUCAGACAGGAGGCGGCGUGAUGAUCGUGCGAGUCCAGCAUCUGACAACAGCCGUUCGGAGAGGUCGCAGUCAUACAAGCGCCCCCGAUGGCAGGAUGAUCGAGAGAGGGAGCGAGACAGAAGCAGGGACCACAAAAGGUCAAGGCAUGACCGAGGUGACCGCUCUGACCGAGGUGACCGCUCCGACAGAGGUGACCGAUCCGACCGAGGUAACCGCUCCGAUAGAAGUGACCGCUCCGAGAGGAGGAGGGACCACCGACCUCCACCUGAUGAUGAGGAGGAGGAUCUCGCCCUCCCAUGCACAAGCAGCAGUCGGGAUGAGGUCCCAGACAGGCCUGACCCCGGGGUCCGGGAGGACGACACCCCUGCCUGGGUCAGGUGUUCCCCUGCAGAUCUGUACUUCACGCGGGACACAAAGAUUGGGUGCCUGGUGGCAACAAAGAAGAUGAUUGACUUGGAGGACAAGUUUGAGAAAGAGCUUCUGGUCCGGGCCAGGGAUGUCAUCGCCAAUCGGCCUGUGGUGGAGGAGCCGCCUCGUCCACCGCCCAGACACACCCAUCAUCAUCAUCAUCAUCAUGGACACUCCGAAUCUGAGUCUGAGAGCAGCAGUAGCAGCAGUGAUAGUAGCUGUGAGUCUGGCUCGGAUGAUUCUGAUGAUGAUGAUGAUGAUGACGAUGACACCAACCUGUGGCUGGAGGAGCUGAACAGGAAGAAGAAGCAUCCCCAUCGACUCCACGAGGAGCUAUGGUUUAACGACACUGGAGAGAUGAAUGACGGACCCCUCUGCCAAUGCAGCAUCAAGUCAAGGAAAACUGGCAUCAGACACAACAUUUUCCCUGGAGAGGAGGUGCUCAAGGGAUUUGAUGCACAUCGCGGGAUGCUGAAGAAAUGUAACAUGGAGAGCAACAGCUUGAACAUGCUGCAUCAUUACAGGAUCACGAUGUCCCCCGCAACCAACUUCCUGACAAAAUGCCUGACUGUGAUAGAGUAUGACAACCAUGAAUACAUCUUUGAGGGAUUCUCGCUGUUUUCUCACCACAAGCUAGAGAAUAUUCCUUCGUGUAAAGUGAUUCGGUUCAACAUAGAGUACACGAUACACUUCUUCGAGGAACAGAUACCGGAGAACUUCACUGUGCGCAGCCUGGACUUGUUCAAUGACUUCCUGUUCUCUGAGCUGCUGGAGCUGGUGGACAUCGACUGGAAGUCUGCAGGCAGCACCGACUCCUGCAACAUCUUCCACCUCAUGCCCCGAUUUGCCCGAUCUCUGCCAGAUAACGGCAAGGAGCUUCUGUCCAUGAACGAGGUGCUGGGCUUCCUACUGCAGAGCUCCAAACCCCUGCUGGAGGAGACGGAACUUGCCCACAUCCUCAAGUUCUCCAACCAUGAGUGGCAGAACAUGGUCGAUGAAGUGCGGGGCAUGAUUGUCACAUAUCCUGGCAAGAAGCCCAGCUCAAUACGUAUCGACCAGCUGGACCGGCAGCAGCAGGAGAACGAUGUCAUCAAGUACCCCCUCAUCAUCCACUUUGGCGUGAGACCAGCACAGCUCAGCUACGCUGGAGACCCUGCCUACCAGAAGGCUUGGAAGCAGUAUGUGAAGUACAAGCACCUGCUCAACUCCAAGCCGAAGGUGACGGCGAACGACAAGCUGAAGCUGGAGCUGAAGGUGCAGCAGCUGCAGGAGCUGAGGAUGAAGAGCACAAUGAAGCGAGAAGUGACGGUCGAGAUCAGCAGCGAGGGGUUCAUCAGGACGGGGGUCAGAUCUGACAUCUGUCAGCACGCGAUGUUGCUGCCUGUCCUGUUCUGCCACCUGCGAUUCCACCGAUGUCUGGGAGUCUUGGAGAAGCAUCUCCAGUAUGACUUCAAGGACAGGGGGCUCCUCCAGCUUGCGUUGACCCACACUUCCUACCGCGUGAACUACGGGACCAACCCGGACCACGCCCGCAACUCCCUGGCCAACUGUGGAAUGAGACAGGUGGAGUACGGAGACAGGAAGAUACACUACGUCCACACCAGGAAGAGAGGAAUCAACAUCCUGAUCGACAUCAUGUCCCGCAUGGGCAACAAGCAGGAGUCCAUGUCCAUGAUCCCACACAAUGAGAGGCUGGAGUUCCUCGGAGAUGCCGUCGUCGAGUUCUUGUCCAGUGUGCACCUGUUUUACAUGUUUCCCUGGCUCGAGGAGGGAGGCUUGUCAACUUAUAGAACAGCCAUUGUUCAGAAUCAACAUCUGGCUGUUCUAGCAAAGAAACUCCACCUACAAGACUUCAUGCUGUAUGCCCACGGACCAGACCUGUGUCACGAGUCCGAUCUCCGCCACGCGAUGGCCAACUGCUUCGAGGCACUCAUGGGGGCGCUGUUCAUAGAUGGAGGUAUUGAGCUUGCUGACCAGAUCUUUGCACGCACCCUGUUUGAGGAGGAGCACCUGCUGAGUGUCUGGAAUGACCUCCCCUUGCACCCACUCCAGGAGGAGGAGCCGAAUGGUGACAGACACUGGAUUGAAUCCAGCUUCGUCCUACAGAAACUCCUGACGUUUGAAGAGUCCAUUGGAGUGAACUAUACCCACAUUCGUCUCCUGGCCAAGGCUUUCACUCUGAGGAACGUGGGCUACAACCUGCUGACACUUGGUCACAACCAGAGACUUGAGUUUCUAGGAGACACGGUCCUGCAGCUGGUCGCAUCGGAGUACCUGUUCCGGCACUUCCCCGAACAUCAUGAAGGUCAUCUCUCGCUGCUGAGAAGCUCACUUGUAAACAACCGCACCCAGUCUAUCGUCUGUGACGACCUCGGCAUGCCAGCGUACGUCAUCUACGACAAACAGGGUCGAGAGAAGAUUGAGAUGAAAACGAAGGAGAAAGCUGAUCUCCUGGAAGCUUUGCUGGGGGCCCUGUUUGUGGACAAAGAUCUGAAGUAUUGUGAGGUGUUCUGCAAUGUCUGCUUCUUCCCAAGACUGAAGAUGUUCAUCAUGAACCAGGACUGGAAUGACCCCAAGUCUCAGUUACAGCAGUGUUGUCUGACCCUGAGAGAGCUGGACGGUGGAGAGCCGGACAUACCUGUCUAUAAGGUCAUAGAGUCUCGUGGUCCGACCAACACCAGGCAGUACGUGGUGGCAGUGUACUUCCGGGGGGAGCGGCUAGCCACGGGCAUGGGUCACAGCAUCCAGCGGGCAGAGAUGAAGGCAGCCACUAAUGCUUUGCAGAAUAGAGCAGAAUUGUUCCCAAUAUUGGCUCAUCAGAAACGUUACCUGCAGACGCGGCACAAGCGGAAACGAAAACAGAGCAAGCGACAAGGUGACAGCUCACAUGACUGAAAAAUUAAGAAAGGAAACAUGUAUGUACACAAAGGAAGAACCAGAAAGACUUUGUCUUGUCAGCAGGGACAACAAACAACUGGAUGUAUUCUUGUCUGAAGAUGAAUGCAAACUUAAGCGAGGGACUUAUUAUAUCCAGAACACAAAACUAUGGAAAUUUUUGUGUUUCUGUUAUCCAGAACACGAACCUUGGGAAAGGAAAGGCGUUUUCUUGUUUGGAACACUAAACUAAAUGAGAAGCUUUCUGUUUUUCCAAAAUAUGCACCCGAGGGAAGGGAAAGUCUUUCUCUUGUGUGGAAAAACAAAAGCUAAGGAAAAUGCUUAUUGUUGUCGGGACCAUCACUGUGAGGGAAAGGCUUUCUCGUGUCCAGAUUACAAAAACCAAGGGAUAGGCUUUCAUUUCUCCAGAACCUAAAAAUAAGGGAAAGGCUUUCUUGUGUAUGGACCACAAAACUAAAUAAAAGGUUGCCUGUUGUCAGGAACGCAGGCCUAGGGGAAGUGAAAGACUUUCUCAUGUCCAGAUAGGCAAGCUAUAAGAAGGCCUUUCUGAUGUCUGGAACAUGAAAGUACGGGAAAGGCUUUCUCAUGUUUGGUACACUAAACAAAGGUGAAAGUCAUUGAUCCAAAGGGAAGGGGCGAUUUAUCGCAUCAGGUCUCAAGUAAAUCACACAUGAAAUCAUGUAAACAUCCAAGAUGCUAUUGAUGUGUUCUAUUUCAGAGUGCUAGUAUAUACAUAUGUGUCUGUCUUGUAGCAUCAGCCACAGUUCUGUGAGGUGUGCCAGUUGUAUGUGAGGUUGAACAGUGAGUGGAAGUGAUUAUUUUGUGAAACCUGCAAUCCUGUCUUAGAUGUAUUUCCCCUUGAGUGUAAUAGCAAAAUGAAAUGGACGGAUGUGAGAAUAAAUUGUGCUGUCUCUUCCCUGUAAACAUGAUGUUUUUGAAUCAUGCAGCUGUGCUGUCUAUUUUAUAUCUAUUUUGCCACGGUUUACUAUUGUUCAUUGUACAUACAUCACAUGGUCUUUUGAUGCCACAGUAAAAACGCUUAUUGUA